GUUCUCUGCUCCCGGCUCCGCUAUGGCCUUCAUGGAGAAGCCGCCGGCCGGCAAGGUGCUGCUGGACGACACGGUGCCGCUGACAGCGCAGAUCGAGGCGAGCCAGAGCCUGCACUCGCACACGCCUUCUUUCCUGUUUGCUUCCUUUUUCAAAAACUAGGAAUGGUGAUAAAGACCGAUUGUUAAACAGUUGGAGUGCUUUGCUGAGCAAUUUUCACCCAGGAACGUUAACAAAAUUUUGCUGAGCGGCUCUGAAUUGCUGAUGAUAAUAUUUUGAUAAGUGCUGGAACACCAGGGACUAAUCUUGGUGAAUUUCGAGGGAAAAACCAAAAAACAACCACCUAAAUCUUGGCUCUGCAUGAAAAUGGGAAUACAUAAUCCGUGUCCAGAGAGGAGUUUCAACAGAAAACAGUUGGCAGAUUGUGAGGCGAUAUAGUGACUUUGACUUGUUGAAUAACAGCCUGCAGAUCUCAACUCUAAGUCUACCUCUUCCUCCAAAAAAGUUGAUUGGAAAUAUGGAGCGUGAAUUCAUCGCUGAAAGACAGAAGGGGCUCCAGGCCUAUCUGGAUGUAAUUACUACCCAUCACAUCCUGUCUAACUGUGAACUGGUAAAGAAAUUCUUGGACCCAAACAACUAUUCUGUAAAUUACACUGAAAUUGCCUUACAGCACGUUUCAAUGUUCUUCCGAUCAGAGCCAAAGUGGGAAGUAGCUGAACCAUUAAAAGACAUAGGUUGGCGAAUACGUAAGAAAUACUUCUUAAUGAAAAUUAAGAAUCAACCAAAGGAACGGCUAGUGUUAAGCUGGGCUGAUCUUGGCCCUGAUAAAUACUUGUCUGACAGAGACUUACAGUAUGCUGUGAAACUUCUUUCUUCCUGUUCUCAUCCCUAUAUUUACAAAAUCACUUUUGCCACUGCCAAUGAAUCUUCAGCGCUGGUUAUUAGACCAUUCAGUGAAAAAGGGACACUAAAGGAUAUUAUUUAUAAGGCAAAGCCAAAAGACCCAUUCCUGAAGAAGUAUUGCAAUCCUAAAAAAAUUCAAGGUCUUGAACUUCAGCAAAUAAAAACAUAUGGAAGGCAAAUAUUAGAGGUGUUAAAAUUCCUCCAUGAGAAAGGAUUUCCUUAUGGCCAUCUUCACUCUGCCAAUGUGAUGUUGGAUGGGGAUACCUGCAAGUUACUGGAUCUAGAAAAUUCCUUGUUGGGACUUCCAUCAUUUUAUCGAUCCUACUUUUCACAGUUUCGGAAAAUUAAUACUUUAGAGGGUGUUGAUGUUCAUUGCUUUGGACACUUACUGUAUGAAAUGACCUAUGGAAGACCUCCAGACACGAUUCCAGUGGAGAGCUUCCCCCCUGCUCCAUCAGUGUGUGUUGUGUCAGUGUUGGAGUCUAUUCUGACUUGUGAAGCUCUGAAGAAUGGGAUGCCAACUGUCUCACGGCUCUUACAGAUGCCAUUAUUCAGUGACGUCCUGCUAACAAACUCUGAGAAACCACAGUUUAAGAUUCCUACUAAGCUAAAAGAGGCAUUGAAAAUCUCCAAGGAAUGCAUAGAAAAGCGAUUAACAGAAGAACAGAAAUUGAUUCACCAGCACAGAAGGCUGACAAGAGCUCAGUCUCAUCACGGCUCUGAAGAAGAAAAAAAGAAAAGGAAGAUCUUGGCACGAAAAAAGUCAAAACGUUCUGCCAAUGAAAGUGGGGAAGAGCACUCAGCCAAAUACAGCAACUCAAAUAACUCAGCAGGCUCUGGGGCGAGUUCCCCUUUAACAUCUCCAUCAUCCCCCACUCCACCUUCCACAGCAGGAGCAUCGUCCAUACCCCCAGCGCCGCCCCCGCCGCCGGCAGCUCCUUCCCCGAGCACAGAGGCGCCGACGGCGCGGCCCGACGUCAGCGCGAGCCGAGGAGCCUUGCUCAGCUCCAUUCAAAACUUUCAGAAAGGAACGCUGAAGAAAACACAGACGUGCGACUACAGUGCUCCCAGGAUCAGCUGAGGCCGCUGGUCACUGCAGGAUUCAAUUCCCUCUCCCCCUCCUGUGCUGACCCUCCUGACCAGAACUGACCCAGCAGCACAGAGCAGCUGCAGCUCCGUUCUCCCCGGUUUCAGCUUUCAGCGUCGCUGCCCUGCCCGCGUUGCUCUGCCAUGCUGGGAUAAGUACGCUGGUCUUUACUUGGCUGCAAGAACUGUCUUCUCUAGCUACAGUUUCAGGGGUACAGCAACUUCUAUAUAGCUGAAUAAAAAAAGCUGAAAAUAGGAAUGACCAUGAUGAUGGUGAAUGAAUGCAUUUUUCCUAGUUCCAUUCCACCCCUUUUUUCAAAUUACUGGAAUGUAGUUUUAGUCUGCUCAGUUUUUCAGCUCUUUUCAUGCACUUGUAACUCAUCGUAAUUCUUGCUGCAUGGAGUCAACAAGUUUGUUUUACAUAAUCCAACCCUUAAAGCAUACUGCACAGGCGAGGGAACUGGAGAAUUAAAUCUUAUUCCCACCAUGUUUGCUGGUGGAGUUAAAAUGCUGUCUCAUAAAGCUUGUUUAAAUGCACAUCCUACCUGCAACUCUAGGGGAAAAGUGUUUUUAAAUGAGGAAGCAGUUGAAGUGGGAGGUUAUAGGGCACUGGGCUGUUAUUGUUGAUUUAAUUAAAUGAAAAGUUACUUCAAGUUAAUUCUACCAUUUAAACUUUAUUGAAAGAUCCUUUUUGAUUUAAAACCUUAAACAAAUUGCACUUUAAAGGAUUAUAGAUAAUCCAUUUUUUUAAAUUCAAGUACAUCAGUGUUUGUUACUAUGCAGAGAAUGUCUGUACAAAGUUUCAUGUAACCUGUGAUAUUCAGUCAUUUUUAUUAAAAUGUUAAUGGAA